UGGAGAAGCUGCUGCUCAGCCUGCCCCCUGGAUGAAGCGCUACCCUGCAAGCAGCACCCAGCCAACACGUUUUGGAAUGAACUUCUGUGUAACAGUGCAGAAGAGCUUUGUGGAGCUGAAGGAGGGGCUGAACAGGUACCCUCACCUGCAGGUGACUCCGCCCCUUCGGCUCAAAGAGGUGGGAGUUGAUGCUCCGCGGCUGGUCUUCCUCGGGAAAGACAACCUUGGUGUUUACACUGGGAGGAACAAGGGUUCCAAGGAGGCGAUACUUUUUGAUUGUCUUAACGGGAAAACAGUCUAUGAGGAUUUAGACCAACUCUCCAAUCGGCUGGGAGACGUCAGAACUGAUCAGGCCUUGAGUAUUAGCCGAACUCCUCACGAGGCUAUUCUGGUGCUGCUGGACUCCAGCACCUCCAUGCGGCACGAGUGUUAUUUCGCGGACGCGGCGAUGGACCGGAUGACGGCUGUCAAGCAGCUGUUCGAUGCCUUCGCCAACAGAAGCAUGGCCUACAACUUCCACAUCGUCAUCGGCCUGGUCACAUUUGGCAGAAGCGUGGACAUUAUCCACAUCUUCACUGAAAAUCUAGAGAAGUUUAAGCAACGCAUGCAGUCUCUGGAGGCCAAAGGCAACACUCCGCUGUACGACGCACUGGACCUCGCUGCCGCGGAGCUUGGCAAGAUGAAGGAGCAGUUUCCCCAGUGUCGCCUCCGCGCACUGUGCCUCACCGAUGGCUACGACACCUCGUCCUCCCAGUCCCCGGUGGAGGUUAGCCUUGCGUGCCCAGGUCCUCCCAGUCCCCGGUGGAGGUUUGCCUUGCGUGCCCAGGUCCUCCCAGUCCCCGGUGGAGGUUAGCCUUGCG